UCUUGCUUCCUAAAGGUGCCAUUGUCUGGGAUCUUUUCGUGCAUUUUUUGCAUCGAAAUACGCAUUUAUCUCACAAAUUUGUCUCCAAAUAUUGUGGUGGAUUGAAUAAGACACGAUCGAAGGUUGCUGCAGUACUACAGCGAACCUGCAACAUUUUACAACAGAUUUCUACCUCAGUUGUCACCAGUUCCUGAAGAUCAUUAGAUGCAAAGGUGAGAGAUCAAGCUAAUAAUGGAAGCCAAUUCUGAGGGUUCCCAAUCGGUGGUAGCAGCCGACGACAAGAAUCCAGCUACCGAGGAGGCUGCAGCAGCAGCCGAUGCCAGCACAGCAUCAGGUGACGGUGUUGUCCCUGCUGCUGCUAGCAUAGCAGCAGGGGACAGCAUCGCUGCAGCUGCCUCCAUCAACGUACUGGAGACAUACCUGCAGAACUUCAAUGAGGAGCUGUCGUCAACAACCACCCCGGCUGUCGCUGCUCCCUCUGGCGACACUCAAAGUCAAGAUCAACUCGAACAGGUUGCCGCAGUUGCUGUAACAUUGUCUGAGCUGCCUGAGCAGGUGGCAGCCAUGCACCAUCAGCAGCAACAGCAGCUGCAGCAGCAGCAGCAGCAGCAAGAAGUUGCCCAACCAGUAGCAGUGGAAGCCGCACAGCCUAAAGAGUCCAUGGUGCAGCCGGCUGAAGAGGCGAUGGAAGAACAGGUCGAGUUUGUUGCUGCCGUACAACCACAAGAUGUCGCUGUUGGAGAACCCAUGCAGCUUGAAGAGCAGGGAGAAUCAGAGCAAGCCAAAGCCGCUGGGAGUCAGCCAGAGGUUGCACAUCAACUGGCUGAUGUAGUUCAGCAACAAGGUCCGGAGAAUGAGACCCCCCAGCAUGUUCACAUGGAGGCUAAUUCUGCUGAGGAGGCCACUGCAAUGGACAUCACUCAGACUCUUCAGCUUCUGGCCAACGCUUCGGCCAACAUUGCUACACAACCGAUUGUAUCUCAGAGUCCGUCAGUGGUUGCAGUGUCCGAUGCCGGAGCUGUAUCCGAUACCAUGGGGCAAGCUUUCAUCCAAGGAAUAGAGGGCACAGGUCAUCAGAAUAUCACUAUACAAGGACUCGAAGGUCUUCAGAACAUGGAGGGUGAGCAAGUUGUCAUGGUGCAGCAUGUAGAUCAAGACGGCAACAUGGUGCAGCAACAACAGCAGGUGCUUAUGGUGGCCAUGCAGAAUGAUAAUAAUACUGGUGCGCCAGUCAGCAUGGUGGGCAACAGCAUUGUCUAUGAGAACAGCCAAGGCCAACAGUUCAUUCCUGUCAACCAAGAUGGCUCCCAGAUAGCCUUCACUCAGGCUUCUUCAGAGGGUGCCAAUAACAGCACACAGGUGUACACAAUCAUCCAGGCUGAUGGUACUGAACAGCCAGGUGGUACAAUUGUAACCCAGGAAGGCAGUGAGGUUCCAACCGGUGCCGCUACCUCUAACCAAGUCAUCGUCCAACCAACUGAGGAAGAUGAAGAAGAGAGAGCCGUUGCCAAUGCAGCUAUCAUCCAAGAAGGCCGAGAGCCACCGUCAUUCAUUGAGCUCCAGCCCCCGGGUAUUAGCACCAUAAAGGAUUCCAAAGAGAAAGUCAUCACUAUCCGCCGGUCGCCACGAAAACGUCAAGCUGAAGUCGGAGAAGAAGAAGGGGAGGGACUGGUCGUGUCGGAGGAGCAUGAAGAGGUCGUGGUUCCGAUGAACACCCAGAUUGUUAUCGUCAGGGAGGUUGUGGAAGGAGAGGAUGGACAGAGAACCAUCCAGGACCAUUCCGUUUAUGAUUUCUACGCUGGAGACAACGACGAUGAACCUGUCACCAAACCAAACAUAGAUGAAAAGGACUCUCCCAAGAAAAGGAAGAAGUACAUGGUUCCUAAGUUUGACGAUGGGCGACUCAUUGAUCAGGUCCUUGGGCGUGCCAAGAAGUCUCCUGCCAGCCCUCGUGAGCCGAAGGUCCAUGAGUGCAACAAGUGCGGCAGAAUCUUCCGCACCUCUACACUUCUCCGUAAUCACCUCAACACACAUACAGGUACCAAGCCAUACAAGUGUGAGGUAUGUGACAAGGCCUUUGGAACCUCUGGAGAGCUUGGUAGACACAUGAAGUACAUCCACACCCAUGAAAAACCACACAAGUGUCCUCUCUGUGAGUAUUACAGUGUAGAGGCCAGCAAGAUCAAACGUCACAUGAGGUCCCAUACAGGUGAGAAGCCUUACCGAUGUACCUUGUGCGACUAUGCCAGCACAGACAACUACAAGCUGAAGCGUCACAUGCGAGUUCAUACUGGUGAGAAGCCGUUCCAGUGCGGGGAGUGUGAGCAGAGUUUCUCCCAGAAGAGUAGCCUGAAGGAGCAUCUGUGGAAGCAUGCUGGUUCCCGCCCUGCUCACAGGUGUGAGUACUGCGAAACCACAUUCGGGCGUCAUGCAGACAUGAAAACCCACAUCCGUAAGAUGCACACCCAGGGACAGCCGCUCAUCUGCAAAGUCUGUGAGAACGGCUUCACGGACCGGUACAGCUUCAUGCAGCACCAGAAGACACACAAGGGUGAGAAAAUUUACCAGUGUCUUGAGUGCGAGUACUCUGCCCCACAGAAGCGUCACCUGGUCGUCCACAUGAGGGUCCACACCGGGGAACGCCCCUUCCAGUGCGACGAUUGCAACGAAACAUUCAAGCACAAACAGACCCUCGUCAAUCACUUGCAGAAGAAGCACAACAUCAAUCCGGAGGUAGAUGAGACUGAAGCUACAGGUACAACUACACUCCUGAAGCGAAAACGGAGAGAUUCGGCCGAGAUCGGUGUCUCUCCUAGCAAGAAGGUGACCCGCCGACAAAGGAUGGCAAUGUCGGAGCAACAGCACCAGAUUGUUGAUGAGCACGGGAACACCCUGCAGCUGUCCCAAGAGGAUGCUGAAGCUAUCCAGGCUGCCAUGCAGCAGGGUACGGCAGACGGCACACUACAGAUUAUCCAAGGUGAGCAGGGUGGUCCGGUCACAGUGCUGACCGUCUCUCAUAACACAGAGGAAUCCAUGGAGAACCUGGGUAGCGAUGUCCAAUUUGUCAACGGAGCCAUGACCAACAUCCAGCAGGAAGAAGAGCCUGAGGGAACCCAGGGAGCUGAGGAAGAGGAAGAAAUGGCACAAGAAGUCUUACCCCAGCAGAUCAUCAUGGUUCCACAGGAAGGGCAGUCAACAUCAGCUGAAGAAGGAUCAGCUGAAGAAGGAUUAGCCGAAGAAUCUGCUGAAGCAUUAGCUGAAGGAUCAGCUGAAGGAUCUGCUGAGGGUACAGCUGAAGAAGAACCACAGAAGAAGCAAAAAGCGUCCCCAGCAAAGCUUAAGGUGGAGAAGACGGAGAAGAAAACAGUUGCUAAGACAGUCCCAGAUGAAAGCCCCGCUGACGCAGACGUGCCAACAAAAGUGGAAGGGCAGAAGAAGGCACAGCCUGCUGUAGAGAGCAAUCCCAACGUCAUCACACAACAGGAGUCCAUUCUAGUCCCAGCAAAUCAGGCAAUAAGCCAAGGUGCUGAAGAGGAAGAAGAAGAUGAUGAAGAAGUCGCUGAUGACGGAACUAUCUACCUCUUUGUUGAAGAGCAGUAAUAACAAGGGGACUGGUCUUCAUGUUUCAAUUGUGUAUAUCCAUUCUUUAAACUGUUUCUUCAAUCAAUUGUUAUUAAGUGUCAAAAGCCUGUAAUUUUUAACAGCGAUCUUAUUAUUAUGCAAAUUUUUGUUUUCCAAAGCUACAAGUAGUGUUUAAUUAGUGUUUGUUAUUCACUGCAAAUACCGAAUUCAUAGUGUCGGAACUAUUUUCUGUUUGAUCUCAGAUGGAGAGUUUUUGCAAAGCAUUGCUGGUGAAUAUAUUUAGCAGUGUAAAACUUAACCAUCCCUUUGUUAAAAUCCAAUUCCCCAAAAAGUUUGCCAGUGUAGAUAUUAGGUUAAUAGAUAAUUGUAUUUUGUAUUGUAUCUUUUUAAUUGAUUGCUUUUUUGAAUGAAAUCAUUUCUGAUGUCAUUAUGCUUUGAAGAGGAUGUCACAGCAAACAGUGCCUAUAUUUAAUGAAGUUAAGUGUUCCGCCAUGCUGCUUUCAGUGGCCACCUUGUUCAUUUUUAUUGUACGCAUAGCUAGUACUUUGUAACAGAAUAGAAUCUAAUAUGUGUUAUGUGCCUGGAUGGGCUAGGUUCUUUACUUUGAUACCUCACAGAGUUUACAAUUUGGAUGUAUAUGUAGUACGCCUUUCUUAAUAUUUAUGCAUGACGUCAUAAUUCUUACCCAAAAUGAGACUUCAGGCGCACGUCACCCAUUGCAAAGGCUGCGCCUAUAGCCUCGAUUUGGGUUAGAAUCGUGACGCACUCAUGCAUAAAUAUAUGGAAGGCGUAUACCACUGUACAAUGUGUGAUUGUGGGCACUAGUUUAUGUGCGAGUUACCAAGUGAUUCAAUAUCAAAGUCAUUUUUUCACCCACACACUCUAAUCCUCAUUUACACUCUGUGGAAAUUCCUUUGUUCUGUACAAAAACAUAUUCUUCAAUCAUAGCUGUAAGAAAAAAAAAAUGCGUGGACAGGUGUAAGGUCCACUUAGUUUUUCAAGUCCUUUUGGACAUCUUUUGUUCUCAGGUUCUUCACUUUGUAUGUAACGCUUAAAAAACCAAACUUUUUUGCCACAGGCAAGCUUCAUUUAUUAAGAAUUCACGGGCCUGAUGCUUUGUUCAUUCAAAGAACAAGGGCAACAAGGGCACCAAGGCAAUAUCUAAGGGCAAUUGUAAAUUUCUACAGACUGAGCAAGUCUCAUGGAACAAUUUCGGACCCCUCUUGCUUUAACAUGUCGUGGAACCAAUUUGGUGCACUUGCAUGGAUCCUAUUGGUUGAUUGUGCAUGAGACUUGCACAAUCUUGUUUAACAGUUCAAGGGCGACUAAGGCGAUGACUAGGGAAAAUAAAGGCAACAUUCACCUAUGUUGCCUUCUCAAAGUAACACAACUUGAGCACCACUUUAUUUUAAGACCAAUUUAUGAGAGUUGUUUUUCUCUCUGUUGAAUUUUUAAUCCAAUUGUAUAUAAUCAAGAACUUGAAACAUUCUUUAAUUACCAAUUUGAAGCUUAUGUGUUUGAAAGUUUAAUGUAGACGUUUUAGUUUGAAAUAGAAAUAAGUGAACAUAAUAAUGGUGACAUUUGAAUUAUGUUUGUUCCCCAUUUUUUGUUAUGUCAUUUUCAAAAACAUCUUUAAAUAUGUACUGCACCGGUUUGUGGAAGAGAAAAUGAGCAGUGACUAAAUAUAACUGUACAUAAAUUAAAGGCAUUCAGGUAAAAUCCAGUUUUUAAACAUUGUCUUAUUUGUUGAACAUAAAGCAGAUUUUCAGAUUAAUCGCUACUUGUAUAUUCCUAGCACGUUAAACUUUUUGAAACUCUUAAGUUCGUUACAAGUGGACAGUUGCGCAUAAUGUAGCUUAGUGACGCACUGAAAUAGUUGCACAUAAAUAGAAACAAUUGGGUUGUCUCGUUAAAGAUGGGUAGGACAUUGGGUAACAAAUGAAUUUUAAAUUAUGAACUUAGUGUCCUAUUUCUCAAAAUAAACGUUAAUUUGACUGAAAAUGCUCUUAUCCCGGAGAAAAUAAUAAAAUAAAUAUCUGAAAA